CAUCAAGAUCAUACUUAACCCGAAUUCAUCUUUAGAAUCGGGGCGAUCAGUCAUGUAUCAGCUGUGCUAGCCGCCGACUAUGCCACAUUGCCUAUUCAGGGGAAGUAACGAGUGGCUUUCCAAGGAAGCAUCGUGCAUUCACACGAGCAUGUGAACUGAGUACUUCACUUGGCUCUUCCAGUCAUCUAUAAAGACCCUUCCUGACCUCAGUCAAGAGAAGCUACUUACUUUCUCAGUAAAGCACCAUCUCUAAAAACAACAUUCUACUUUCCCUAUCUCCCAAUUCACAAAUUCAUAACUGCCCAGCAUGUCUGACGACGGGUUUGCCGAGGGAGACGCUGAGGUCUUGAGCAAGAACCAAAUCACAUUCAAAGUCGAAAACGAAACCGAGUUUGAACUCGAAGCGAGGGGCUGUUUCGCCGAUUGGGGCGACUUCUCGGAACCCCCAUCCACUAUCGGACCCUACAGUUCAGGGGGCGGCGGACACGUUAUAAGCUCGCACAGCCCGUUCACCGGCUCGGCUGGGAUGUCCGGGUACACCAUCACGAGCAGUUCAGGGUCGUCCGUGUACCUUCGAAUCCUCGGAUCGAACCCUUACCUGAGCGCGAAGGACAACUUCAGCACUUCGGCCAUCCUGGAUCGGGAUGCGAAUAUCGGUCAGGGCGAUUAUAACUGGCUCUACUACCGAAAGGAGAAGGAUGACUCCAAGCCGUUCAAUGGCGGAACUCUGACGGUUUCAAGCCAGAUAGGCCAAGCCGAUGACUGUACUGCGAUCUUCAAGGUUACAUUUAAGUAGCGGCUAGAUUUCUCGACCUAGAUACGGCCUGUGUAUAUAGGCGACAUAAAAGAUCUUCUGGAUGAUUAGUCGUGGCUGGUUUGAGAUUUGACUUAUCAGGGGCUCGGCCCAUUAGGGGUAUGAACAUGUGAAUGUGUUAGAAGGGGUACGCGAUGGUACUUUACGUACACCAUAAUCUUGAGAUGUUAUCUUCCUUUGCUAUAUCCAAAUCGUGAUAAAUCCCUGUCUUGUUACACAUUAACGG